CUCUUUCUCUCCCUCCUUCCCUCUCUCCCUCCUUUUCUCCCUCCCUCCCUCUCCUUUUCUCUCUCUCUCUCUCUCUCUCGGACGGGGGCAGGGGGAGGCAGGCUGGGCUGUCCAGUAAAGCUAUCCCAGGGCUCAUAAGGAAGGGAAAGGAACAGAAGAGAAGAGAGGCUGCUGCUGUGUGCAGCUGCUCCCAACGCAGUCCCCUCUCUUCGUCUCUUUCUCUUACUUUCUUUCCUACGCUCUCUUUCCACAAACAUGGAGUCCAGCAUGGAGUCCAACAGUCCUAAGAAGAUCCAGUUUUCUGUGCCUGUGUUUCAGAGUCAGCUGGACCCUCAGGCAUCAGAGCAUAUCCGUAAGAGGAGACCUACACCAGCUACCCAUGUCAUCUAUCUUCCACCAGACCUAACUGCAGCAGAUGACAAGCAUCAAGGAGAGGUCCAGAGUGCAGAGUCGUCUCCUGCUCAGAGGAAACACAGUGUCUACUCUCCACCCACCAUGAAAGGCAGAGAGCCCACAGACUGCUGUAGAGGCCACAGUGAGGACAGAGACAGCCUGCCUCCUACCAGACUGCCCCAGUCCCACACAGAUACACUGGCCCUAGCAGAUGAGCUAUCAGGGGAUCUGCCACGACUGGCAGACACACCAAGGCGCAAAGACACCCCCUAUCAAUACCAGCCUCCCUUUACUCCAGGGGUCAAGCUGCUCAAGAGCAAAUCAAAAGUAUCCUUCCCUGAGGAAGAAGAGAAAGAGUAGGAGAGGGAGGAGGAGGAAGACAAGCAGAAGGAUCCAAAGUGAAGAGGAACACAAACUGCAGAUCCAUGUUUCUGAUGGUUCAAACACAUGACUGGGUUAAGAACUCUUGGUUAGAAAUGUAUCUAAACUUGAUCAGGUUAUAAUUUCUAAACUUAUAAUCCAUUUUAUUCAGCCUUGUAUUGUUGAGGUCAAGAAAGGACAUUUUAAUGAAUUUCUCAAACUCUUCUUUUAAGUCUUGGUUAUGUAUGGUGGAUUAUCGUUAUAUAUUGUAAUAAGAGAGUAUGUGGGGAAUAUCAACAGCAAUACUGACUGAUAUGCACUUAACGUUCACUGGAAAUAUACAGGUUUUAGUUUUAAUUUUCUUAUAAAAGAAAAUAUCUACUUCUAUUUUUUGCAUCUCAGAUUGUCAUCUCAUAAUGUAAAAACACUUGCUGAUAUUUCACAUAUAUUUUUGUAGUAUUUUAUACUGAAACUGGGCUUUUGUGCAUACAGUAUAGCAGGCUUGUGUACUACAUACAGUACACUGAGGUACAAACAAAGACGUCCUGCAAAAAAAAAAGGGUCUUCUCUGGAGUGUCUUAAGUCCUAAUAAAGUUACUCAUUUUAUGAACACUUGGCGAAACCUGUAUGUUUUUUCAUCAUUCAUUAUUGUACAAAAAUGACAAACAAAUGUCAUUUCUACAGCCUCAUGGACACGUCAUUUAACAUCUAUUGCCAAACCCUCUCUUCUGAAUGGCAGGCAUUAUUAUUUUAGUGGGCUAAUUGUUAUCUCAGCAAAUGAAUUAUGGGAAGAGUUCAUAAAACAAAAUAAAAAUAUGUACCCAUA